AUGGCAGGACCAGAGCAGGCGUGCAUUGCUUUCCAUCUCUCUACUUCUCUCUCACUCGCUCUUGAUGCUUUUGCUGUCAGUCUUUUCGAUAAGUAUGUUAAAAGGAAAAAGCUUGAUCCACUAGAGGCUUAUGUACCUGCUGUUAUAUUGACUGAGUUGCAGAUUAAGGAUUUAGAGAAAAUUCUGGAUGUCGAUCAACCCCAAUUCGCUAACUAUCGAUCUCUGUUACGUUCUGGUCCGGCAGCGUCUCUUCGUGUAAAUAUACGAGCAUGGUCUGAUCCCUCUAAAAUCUUGAAUUUGAGAUUCGACCAUGAAAUCAACUGGACAGUGGACAUUGUUCCUCUAGUGAAAUUCAAGAAGCUUAGAGGUUUUCUAAUUCAAUUGGAUGGUUCAAGCAGAAUCAACAUUGAAGUAGCACAAUAUGCUUCAGAUGCUGGAAAUGGUAACGCUGCUUUCAACAAUGUUGAUCAAUGUCUCAGUGCUUUGGAAGAACUUGAUUCCUUGCUUCUGCAUGCAUCAAGAAAGGAGCCAGAUGCUUCAGUUGAAUCGAUGAAGGUAAAAAUAGGAGUCGCCCUUGCUGCCCUGGAAAGCCUUCUCCAAACUGUCCCUUCUGAUGUGUUAGAUAAAGGGAAGGCUGUUGCGGAUGCUUACAGAACCCCAGAAGAAAAUUCAGAAGCUGAAAUCUUAGACCCAGAAUUGAAACAGUUGGAAUCUAUCUUAUGA